AUGUCGUCUCUUCUGAGGGAGGAGAUGCAAAGAGUUUUAUUCCGACCUGCCAAACACAGACUGGUCGAGUUCAUCGAGAUCGAGGAGCCGUCUCAUGGAAGACACUUCCUAUGUGUUUCAGCAGCGAAAAACAAAGUGGUGCAGUUAUGUAUAGUGCGAUGUCAGAUAUCCCAGACUCCCGUCAAAUCUGGCAGCAAGAAGUCUCAAACCCAGCGGUCAAGCAUUCAGGAGUGCUACAGAAAGACAGAAAUCUGGUCCUUGAAAGACCUGAGCCUUGUUGAUGGUCUCGACCCUGAUGUGGAUGAUCCCUGUUUCGUGCUACACUUCGAGAAGGUGCGCACCGUGAGAGCCAUCAGCUGCUCAGCCAAAUAUGCCUUUGUGCGGGCCCUUGUCGCCCUCAGCGACCAGAAGUGUCAGCGGUCACUUAACCUGCGGAACUUUGACUGGGCUUACAUCAAGCCCACUUCCUUCUACUCCAACAGAGGAGACUGCGUUGUUUUGACUCAGAUAUGCUUCUACGCAUUCAACUUGGUAUGUCUGUCAAUGUGUCCCGUACCAUUGGAAACUUAA